GCUUGCCGCUUGUUGCCCAAAGAGGCGCACCUGGUGGACUGCGAAGCAACGCAGGUGGCUUAGGGCGGUCUUACAACACGACGCUGCAUGAUCCGCAGACUCGAUAGUGGCGGAUCGACCGGGACGAGGGCUAUGCCUGUAAAGGGGGUCAAAGGUACUAGCUCAACAUGUCAAAAUAGAGAAGUCGCGUCACGGGUUGUGGCUGCCUCGGCUU